UCUAAAAACCUCCACCCCUGACCUCACUUUUGGCUGGCCGGCCGCCGCCUUUGGCUAUGGCGGUCGGCUGGUCCAGCUUCCUCUUCUGUUUAUGUGUUGUUUUUUCCAUAUAAUAACUUGAUUCCCAUAAUGUUUUCCCACUUAGAUGUGUUUCGGUGCUGCUGGUCCAGCUCCCUUUGGAGCUGUUUGUUUUGUUUUCACCAGGGGGUGCUUGGUAUAGGGGUCUAUCAGAGUAGAUGGUGGUCGGUUUUGGACCAGAAUAAAGGUUGAUCUAUUCUGGGUAGGAGUUUCAUUCGGGCGCUCCUGUGCGAGUGGGAGUUUGAGGGAUGAAUGUUGGUUCGGAUCUAUGGAGAUGCUUCGAUCCAGAUCUAAGAUCUAAGAGUUCAGAUCUAGAUCCAAAUCUUCGAUCCAGAUCUAAGAUUCCAUUCGAGCGCUCCUUUUCGAGUUGGUGUUUGAGGGGUGUACUUCAUCCAGUGGUAUCCAGUGGGUGUGUUCGGAGUUUGGUUCGGAACAGAGGUGUCCGACCAUGGAUUUGGAGUUGGCAGUGGUUCUGUUUCGCCAUUGGGUGUGUUCGUGUUCGGAUGUGUGUCGAAGAUGAUCCAGGUCGGCGUUGGGUGUGUUCGACCAUAGGAGUGGAGAAGUGGAGUCGGCAGUGGGUAUUGGCGUGGAAGUGGGUCUCGGCGUUGGGUGUGUUCCGAUGCAUUGAGUGCUCGGUAGGUGUUCAGAUGGGAGGCGUGGUUGGUAGCAGCAGGUUGGUUAGCAGGGGAGCUGCCGUGGGUGUGAGAAAGAAGAAGAUCUUGGGGUUUGGAUCUGCAGUGGGUAGCAUUGUGGAGGAUGAUGAUGGCGGCAGGAGCAAGGUGGUAGGUGAGUCCGCUAGGGGCAACAGCAGAGUGGAAGUAGGGGCUGUUGAUGGUGAGUCAGGAGAGGUAGGGGCUGAUGAUGGUGAGUCAGCAGAGGUGUGGGCUUUGGGUGUGCGGCAGGCGUGAGUUUUGGCUGUGGUGGCGUGCGUGGAUCUUGGCAGUGCAGCAGCAUGGGAGUGCAGCAACAUUGGGAGUUGGUUUGUUUAGUUUGGCUGUUUUGGAGUUGGUGUUUGGGUUCGGGUUGUGUGGGUUGAUGUUGUGGGGAGUCUUUAUUUUAUUAUUAUUUUUUUGUUUUA